AUGACAAUAUCAACCCAGAAAACCAAAUGCAUGACAACAUUAAAAACACCAUUAAGAUGCAAACUGGAAGUCGACGGCAAUAUCAUCCAACAAAAAAUGAAAUUCAAAUACUUGGGCAUAGAAUUAUCAGGCUGUGGUGAUGUUGAGGAGGAAGUCAGGGCACAAACUGUGAGGGCAACAAGAGUGGCGGUAUGUUUGAGUGACACGGUAUGGCGAAAUAAAAAUAUCAAAGUGAAAACAAAGGCCAGAAUUUAUAAAGCAGUAGUAAGACCAACUAUGACAUACACCGCUGAAACUCGACCAGACACAGCGAGGACAAGACAACUACUGGAGACCACCGAAAUGAGGGUACUUCGCAGAAUAGCUGGAAAGACACUAUUCGACCGGGAGAAAAGUGAAAAUAUAAGGAGAACAUGCGGGGUGGAAAAUAUCAAUGAGUGGGUAUUGGGUCGAAAGAGAGAAUGGAACGACCACAUAAGUAGAAUGGACGAGGAAAGGAUGGUCAGAAUUGCACGCGAUAGAUCACCACUAGGUCGCAGAAGUUUAGGACGCCCUCGAAAACAAUGA